AUGGCGACGGCGACGGCGACCGAUCCGUUCGCGAUCCUCGGCGUGGACCGCGCGACCGCGGACGCGUCCAUCGCUCGCGCGUCGUUCCGCGCGCUCGCGCGGCGCGCGCACCCGGACAAGGGCGGCAGCGCGACCGCGUUCGACGCGCUGCGCGUCGCGCUCGAUCGCGCGCUCGAGGAAAUCGAGAUCGCGCGCGGCGGCGGCGGCGGCGGCGGCGGGGACGGCGCGCGUCGGUACGACUGGCGCGCGGGGAAGGCGACGAGGCGCGAUGAUGAGGCGAGCGCGCGACGCGAGACGACGCGACCGACGCGAACGCCGAUUCCGCCCUCUCAGCGCUCGCCCCAAACCGCCGCCGCCGCCUUUGAAGCGCCGCCGCGCGUCCGACCGAGCGCGCGGCACGUCUCGUCGCACGCCGUCGUCGCCGUGGCGUGCAGCUCGGCGUCCGCGGGAGGAACGCGAGGGGCCGGGCUCGUCGCCGCGGCGUCGCUCGCGGGGGGCGUCGUCCUGUGGGAUCCGGCGACGGGGAAGAUCCUCGACGUGAACGACGGAGCCUUCGCGUCGGAGAAAGAUGUGUCGGAGAAAGAGUCGGAGAAAGAUUCGUCGCCGGCGAAUGAUGAAGAGACGCGUGGACCCUCGACGAAUCGCGUCGCGUUGGACGUGUGGUUCUCCGAUGGCGGCGACGUCCUCGCGUGCGCGUUCGCGGACGGCGGCGUCCGCGUGUUCGACGUCGGCGGCGGCGGCGGCGGCGGCGGCGGUUCGAAUUCCACCGGUUCGAAGAAUCUGAAUCUGAAUCUGAAUCUGAAUCGUCACACGGAUCUGAAGGGCCACGCCGAGCGCGUCACCUCGCUGUGCUUCGCGCGCGGGGACGCGAUCGUCGUCACGGCGAGCGCGGAUCGAACCGCGAAGGCGUGGCGCGUGCGAGACGACGCCACCGGACGACUCGUCGCCGCCGCCGCGACGCGUCCGUUUCUGGAUAUGAACCGUCACGCCGCGGCGCUCACGUGCGUUACGCCGUGCGGGUAUGGACCUAUCAGCGGGCAACACGUCAUCACCUGCGACGCGCGCGGAGGGUGGAGGGUAUGGUCCCUAGUCACGGGGAAGUGCGUCAAGAAGACGACGUGGGGCGGCGACCGAGGCGCGGACGGCAUCACGAAGUGCGUCGCGCUUCCUUCGAAACCCACUUCCUCGAAACAAGAACAAACGAAACGCACCGAUGAAGAGCUUUACGACGAAGGCGACGACGACGACGACGACAUCGUGCGGUUCGCGACCGCGCACUACUACGUCGACGAGGACGCGAGCAGGAUACUCGUUUGGGAGGUGUCCCUCGGCGAAAGCCCUUCUCCGUCGCGGCGGGUGUGUCCCACGCACUGGUCCCCAUACGACCGCGUUCGCGUGGUGGACGGCUACGUGCUCGAGAUUCCCGGGAGAGGCCGGACGCUCGACGGCAGAGUCUCGGACGCGACGCUCGCGGUCCGACCGACCGCGCGCGCGCUCGGCGGGCGGGAGCCACGUUCAAAUUCAAAUUCAAAUUCGACAGAUUCGACAGACGACAGCUCGGACUCGGACUCGGACCUCGACGACGGCGUCCUCCUCGCGUGCGGCUCGCGCGGGUGGAUCGCCGCUCGCGGCGCGUCCACCGCGUCGCCGCUCUACGCGCUCGACCGCGAGCACCCCGUGACGGUUCAAGUUUUUAAGGGUAAAGGAUAUGAACCGUCGCACAGCGUCCACAGGGUGGUGACGUCCCCGUGCGGGAGGUUUUUCGCGUCGUGCGGCGAGGACGGCGCGGUGGGCGUCUUCGACGUCGCGGACGGCGAGCGCCUCGCGUCCUUCGCGCCGUACCAGAACGGCCCAGAGACGGACGAGACUAAAAACGCGUAUAGCGGCGGUUGUUCGACGACUGCCACCACGACGACGACGUCCCCGGUCAACGCGCCCGUGCGCGCGCUGGCGUGGACGCGCGACGGGAAGCGCGUCGUGAGCGGAAGCAGGGACGGCGCGUUGACCGCGUGGGACGUGGAAGCGCUCGCGACGAAGAAGAGAAGAUGA